AUGACUAGCGUGAUUCUGAGUACAAGAGGAGCAUCAGUAAAGAUACGACAUCUUAUGAGGGAUAUUUCUAAGCUGGUGAAGGUUGAGGAGGAGCAGAAAUGGGAUAUGGGGAAGGACUACAAGGAGCUCAGGAGUCUGAUGGAACUAAAUGAAUGCGACUCUAUGCUUUUCUUCCGAUCUACGAAGAGGUCUGACGACUUAUGGAUAGGGAUACACAACGGAAUGUCUGCUGUAUUUAGGAUAUACAGCCUGUUUACUGUGAAGGACUGCAACUUUCCUGUGAACUCUUUUAAGGACUGUGGAUAUGUUCUGAUGUUCAGCAAGGAGUUUGAGGAGAUAGAGCAUCUGGGGCACGUGAAGAGUGUUAUAGAGCAUGUUUUCCGGUCUAACGAGACGAAAGACAAGGCCUUGUGCUUUUUCUAUCUCGACGGUGUUAUUUGGGUCCGGUGCUACAAAAUAGGGAAGAAGCUGGAGGAGAUUGGCCCCAGGCUUGUCCUCGAGGUUCUUAAAGUAUUUGAAAAGUGCUUUGAGGGGAACAUUCUAUACAAAGCCGAGGAGAAUGGGCAUUCCGUAGAAAAGAGUUUAGAUUAA